GUCACUGAGGAUGGGGGCAUCCAGGCACAUCAGAACAUCAGGGUAGUCAUCUGAAGAAAGUCAAGAACACAUGUAAGUGUUAGAGGAAGAAGUGACCUGUGAAGUUCAGGUUGCUUUCACUGACUUCCAGAGCUGCUGGUGUUGCCCCAUCCAGAGAUCAGACAGCGGCUGCCUGUGGCGGCGCAACUGGAGGGCAGGGACACGGUACGCACGUAGCUGUUGAGGGAGGCGGGCUUGCUCAGCUUGAUGAGCAUGAUGUCGUUGUCCAGGUUGCGGUCGUUGUAUCUGGGAUGUUUGAUGACCUUAGCGGAGUUGAUGAACUGCUCGGUGCCCUCGUCGACCGCGAUGUUGUGCUCGCCAAGACGCACCUGGAUGCGGCUGCACGGAAACACACAGCAGUUAGGCGACGUUGGCGUCCAGCAGCAGCUUUAUAGAAGGUGUUGGUGCUCUCCACUUCCUGAUGACGUCAACAGAACGCGACUGUCUCCUCUGUGUGUGUACCCCGUCGCCGAGCUAACAGCUGCACCAACCGUGUUUUGGUUUUGUGUCUCUCUCUCUCUCCGUAACGCGGCGUUGUCAUGAGCUUUGGAGGCGAUUCUCAGCCUGGAUGAUGCAUGACGGUCAGAGCUGGGCUGUCAAGAUGUACACAUCAUCCCACUGAGUAUUUACAUAAAAUAAUAAUAGUAAUGUGAUACUUACUUAUUGUUUUAAACAUCUUUUAGCUGCCAUGGCCAUAUUGUUGUAUUUAAUUAUACAGUACUUACAUAGUAUCUAAAAUGGCCUGAAUAGACGGUAUAAUGGGGAAUUCAUAGCUCUUUUCAACUCUUAAGGUUUGUGGCAUUCAAUUUUCCAACAUGACUGAUCCGGAAUAGCGUAUAUUUGUCAUGCCUUAGGUAGUGUAAUACCCCCCCAACGAUACCUUAAACUGGUGUUAAUGGGGCCUCACUCAUCGGUACCAGAAUUGGCCCCCCAGUCAGUUCUGCAUUAAACCUGCCCUCGACCCAUGACGGAGUACUACGACGAGGGGGGGCUGCUGUAUGAGCAAUCACCUCCCAUGCACAUCAAAGUGGAGUCUCCCGAGGGACACUCUGGAGGGGGGACGUCCGACAACGGCUUCCCGAGGGAUGACGACGACUCUGAGGGCAGCUGUGACCAGAGCAGCGGCGUGCGUGGGGGGCUGCCCUUCAAUGUGGUAGUGGUGCACCCCAACUUGAUGGCGCCUGGCAUGUCCUCAGACGACCUCUUGUCCAUUGAACAAAACAGAGCAAUGUCGGCUGCAUUGGCGGCUAAUGGCGCAGGAAAAAGAAAGAGUCGUUUCAGCGGCGCAGAGCUUGAAGUGUUGGUGUCAGAGGUCACACGAUGUGAAGGAGAGCUAUUCGGGCCGGCAGGGAGGCUCCGGCGGCGAGAAAGAGAACGCAUAUGGGCCGGGAUCCUCGAAAGGGUCAACGCCGUGUCCAGGGUUCCGCGUACACUUCGGGAGGUUAAGAAGCGUUGGGAUGACCUAAAGAGACGCAACGGGGGCCGGCUAGCAGACGCCCGCCACCGCAGCUGGUCUGUGCCGCCCAGCAGAGUGUCGAUGCUGGGGCAGUCCUCACAGUCGAGCCCCAGGCUUCAACAUGGCAAGCAAAAGCAAAGCUCCAGACCAAAGCCCAGUUUCUCGUGCUUCCCUGAAUCUGACACGGGUAUUGGAGGAGAGGGGUCUGAGAGAGACUGUUUGGAGAAGGAUGAGGACAAUCCAGAGCACGACAGAGAUGUCGGCGAGCCCGACUGUGAACAUGAAGACAACAGCAUGGAAGACAAACUAGGAUUAGGACUCGGUCUGGGCAUCGGACCACCUCCGCCCUCAGAACGGUGGCUGCCUCCCUCCCCGCUGUACAGCGCCCCUUUCCUUAACGGCAGCCCUCAGCCCAGCAGUCCUCAGCCAUCACUCGGAGCACAACAGGGUCCCCUCGAAGCCCCGCCACGCAGCUCCUGGCUUGAAGAUGAGCUGCGAGGGUUAAAAGAGGCAGCGAUUCAGCUCGGGAAUCGCGUGGAGAAGAGUCUACGGGAAUUUGCAGAUUGUUUCACACAGGACAUGAGGACACUUGUGGCUUCCCAAGAGGCGUUAGCGCUCAGUCUACAGCAAAACAACGUCCUCCUGCAAAGGCUCUUAGGAGUGCUGGAGGCCCAACAACAACAGCAGCAGCAACAAUGUGUACAGCAAACACGCCACUCGCAGACAUCUCAGCAGCACUCACAAUCGGCUCAGACGCAGCAGCAGCAUCUGCAGCACGUAGAACAGCAGCUCGAGCAGCAGAUUGACGUAGCACAGCCGCUACCACAAUCAACAAAACUACAUCUGCAGCUCGCUCAGCAUUCAAACAGUCUUUCCGCUGGAGCCACGGUCCCUUCGCCGUCGUCACCCGACCAUCGAGCCACUUUUUCGUCUCACGCUGCCGCAGACAUGAACGGAAGCGUGCAGAAACCACGGCGAGGGAGAGCUUUCGAACACAGGCGCAGGAGACGACGUUAAAAAAAAAAAAAAUGGGAAAGGAGGGAGCGAGGAAUUAAAAGCACACACUUUGCAUACUUGAUAAUUAAAGAUACAGUAAUAAUAUUUGUUGCUUUUUUUUUCUAUUCAUGUAGAAACGUUUUGCUUCAAAACUCCCCAUGCACUUCAAAAUGGUCUUCAUAAAGCACUAUUAGACUCCAUUAUUAUAGGGUGGCCUUAAAUAUAGAUAUACUGUACAUAUUGUGCUACAAGUCUACAUCACCCCUUUUACAUACACGUCCCUCUAGAAUUUCACGUAGGUGCUGAUUUAAGUUCAUGCUUUUCAGCAGAGCUUGUUAACGUACUGUAUAAAGUGCUCCUUGUACACUUAACUACAUCAAGUACUUGUUGCCGUGUAUUGUAGCCCAACAGCUAUUGUAAGUACCUGCAAAAUGUAUGCCUGUGUUUUAAAAGUGAAUACUUUUUACAGCUUUGGCAGCACAUAUAGUGUGUUUACAUUCGAUGCAUUUUGGGAACAAAACUAUUCCCGACUAGCCCGUUCAUAAUGAUAUGGCUUACACGCCUGAAGCAGAAGCAUCUCAGUUGGCUUCAGAGUUGUAGCCCCGUGGUCAAGUUUAAAAAGCGUACAUUAAUAAUGUAGGGCUGUUAUAUUCUUGCAUGGAGUGCACAUUGGAUGUGGUUUGUAGAUAGUUAUCUUCAACUGCUAUUGCCAUCUUUAUAGUUUUGCACAAGCUAUAUUUUGUAGAUAGCAACUGUUUCAAUGAAAUGUACUAACACUGAAAUUAAAGUCUGA